AUGGGCUACUUGAAAAUCUUGAAUUAUGCUCAUGAAAAUGGUUGUCUUUGGAAUGAAAGGACAUGCUCUGAAGCUGCUGGUAAUGGGUAUUUGAAACUCUUGAUAUGGGCUCGAGAAAAAGGCUGCCCCUGGGAUGAUAAUUCAAUCCAGAAAGCUGCAGAAUCUGGACAUGUGGAAGUGUUGAAAUGGGCCCAUGAGAAUGGAUGCCCAUGGGAUGAAGAUGCAUGCAAGGUUGCUGCCGAAAAUGGCCAUUUGGAAUGCAUCAAGUAUGCCCACGAAAACGACAGUCCCUGGGAUAGAGACACGUGCAGGAUUGCCGCUAAGAAAGGUCAUCUGAAAUGCCUCACGUAUGCUCAUGAGAAUGGCUGCACGUGGGAUGAAGCAACAUGCGCUUUUGCCGCUGCAAGUGGCCAUUUGGACUGCUUAACAUAUGCCCAUGAAAAUGGCUGCCCAUGGGAUGAAACAACAUGUCUAUGGGCUGCUGGACGUGGUGUUCUCGAUGUUUUGAAGUAUGCCCACGAGAAUGGGUGUCCAUGGGAUGAACCCACUUGUGCAGGUGCUGCUGAGUGUGGCGAAUUUGAAAUCCUGAGAUAUGCUCAUGACAAAGGUUGCCCAUGGAAUGAAACGACAUGCUCUAAGGCUGCUGGUAGUGGCCAUUUGGAAAUCUUGAAAUGGGCUCGUGAAAAAGGAUGCCCCUGGGAUUCAGAUACAUGCAUCCAAGCUUUCCUUUUUGACCAGUGGGAUGUCUAUAACUGGGCUCGUGAGAAUGGUUGUCCAGAACCGGUGAUCUGCUGA